UAAGUUGGAGAUGACUGGUGGGAAGGAGGGACGCUCCAGACUCUAUGAUUCCCAGCAGGAAAAUGGAGACCAGUCAAGCCACUACGGUGCCAUCUCUCCUCAGGCCUCAUCUGAGGUCCAAGAGGAACCCUUGUCCACCUACUUUGAGGAUAAGGUUCCCAUUCCAGAAAGUGACAAUGAGUGCUUCAGUUUCCGUAAACUCUGGGCCUUCACCGGACCGGGGUUUCUGAUGAGCAUUGCUUAUUUAGAUCCUGGAAACAUCGAGUCCGAUCUGCAGUCUGGUGCCACAUCUGAUUUUAAGCUCCUAUGGGUCCUGCUUUAUGCAACCAUCAUUGGGUUGCUGCUGCAGAGGUUGGCUGCACGCCUCGGAGUCGUCACCGGGAUGGACCUGGCUGAAAUCUGCAACCGCCAGUAUCCCACUGUUCCACGGAUGAUCCUUUGGUUAAUGAUCGAACUGGCAAUUAUUGGUUCAGACAUGCAGGAGGUCAUCGGCUGUGCCAUCGCCUUUAACCUUCUCUCAGUGGGCAGGAUCCCACUGUGGGGAGGGGUCCUCAUCACCAUCGCAGACACGUUUGUGUUCCUCUUUUUAGACAAAUAUGGUUUGAGGAAACUUGAACUUUUCUUUGGAUUUCUGAUCACUGUAAUGGCUAUAAGCUUUGGUUAUGAGUACGGGCUGGUGAAACCGGACCAAGGAGAGGUUCUUAAGGGGAUGUUUUUACCGUACUGUCCUAACUGUGGGCCUGUGCAGCUGGAGCAGGCGGUGGGAAUCGUGGGUGCUGUCAUUAUGCCCCACAACAUCUACCUGCAUUCAGCUCUGGUCAAAUCCAGAGAAGUGGAUCGGAAAAACAAGAAAGAGAUAAAGGAAGCCAACAAGUACUUCUUCAUUGAAUCAUCUAUCGCCCUCUUAGUCUCCUUCGUCAUAAACCUCUUUGUCGUCGCAGUCUUUGCUCAGGCUUUUUACAAUAAAAACAACAUGGAGGUGAACGCUGUGUGCAAUGCUACAGGCAGCCCCCACACCGAUCUCUUCCCUCUCAACAAUGGCACUCUGGAGGUGGACAUCUACAAAGGGGGGGUGGUGUUGGGGUGUUUCUUUGGUCCUGCUGCUCUCUACAUCUGGGCCAUAGGGAUCCUGGCAGCGGGACAGAGCUCCACCAUGACAGGCACUUACUCUGGACAGUUUGUGAUGGAGGGAUUUCUGAACCUGAAGUGGUCUCGUUUUCGUCGGGUGCUGUUGACUCGCUCCAUCGCUAUUGUUCCCACCUUCCUGGUCGCCAUUUCUAAAGAUGUUCAGCAUCUGACGGGGCUGAAUGACAUCCUCAAUGUGGUUCAGAGUAUCCUGCUUCCAUUUGCCUUGAUCCCCAUCCUGGCUUUCACCAGUCUGACCUCCAUCAUGAACGACUUUGCUAAUGGGCUGGUUUGCAAAGUUUUAGGAAGCUUGGUCAUCCUCCUGGUUUGCGCUAUCAACUUAUACUUUGUGGUGGUUUAUGUGACUGCGUUGAACAGCGUCUGGCUCUACGUAAUCGCUACCCUGGUCUCUGUGGUGUAUCUGUGCUUUGUGAUCUACCUGGCUUGGCACUGUUUGGUCGCCCUGGGCGUUUCCUGCCUGGACCGUUGCAGCAGGAUAAGCAAUCGACCUGCUGUGCUCAUAGAGGAGCGCUCUGUGGGCGACACCUAAAGCCAAACAACACAUUUUCCCUACUUCAAACCAACACAGGUCUAACAUUUAUUCUGCUCUAAAAAAGGAGUCAGUGCCGAGUUUUACCUGAAUUUUCACCCAGACUAUUGUUUUAUCCGAGUGUAGCAUCGGAUUGUUAAUGUUUUUUAUUCUAAAAAUUUUUCCUGAUAAAUGUUAUCGUUUAAAUUUUUGUAGGCUAAAAAGCUCCCAAUGAAAUCCAUCCUCACUUGGACUGUAUUGUUU